UUUUCUUUUUCUACUGCACUGAGCUGAGACAACUAUUGUGCGCGGGAAACUACAAUAGAUGAGAGAUUUUGCUGCUCUGGUGAAAUCUCUGGUGAAGUGGAGUUUGGAGAACAGUAAAGAAACCGUUGAAGUACUCCACUGCUGCCGUACUCUGGUUUUGGAUAUCUCAAGGGAGAUGCUGGUGGCCUAACAGCUUUCCGAGCAAUGGAAAAGAGGAGGGCACGCUAAGCAGGCACUUGAGAACGAUGGGACUCGGACAUCGGAAACCGAAUAUGCAAUGUCUUCUCAAGUCGUUUUUGCAGAUGACUGUCGGGACGUCUUCUAACUGAACUUGAUCUCCGUCUGAUCAGCAUAUUCGCAUCGUUCGGGUCUUGCAACCAACUCCCUGUCGCAGUACGGAAACAUUCGACUCUAACCUCGGUGGCUUCUUGCAGCCUUGCAUGCUAUAUGUUUGAGUUCCGGAUGGGGUCAGUUCGAACUGAUCCAAAAGUCCACGAGCCUCAACAACUCGCCCAUUGCUUCCUUCGUACGUCUUCGACGGUGGAGGCGAAUCACAGCAAAUGGGGAAACCAUCAGCAAUGGGGGUGUGCCUGUGCGUGCUGCUGCACAUCCUCAUGGCAAUGCUAAGCUGCACCACGGCGGAGGGGGUCAUGCACGAGCACAUGUCGGUGAACAUCGUGAACAACGCGGGCGGAGAGCUGUGGAUGCACUGUAUGUCGAAGGACGAUGAUCUCGGGGAGAAGUGGCUGCGGCGACCGGGUCAAACAUGGAGCUGGGGAUUCAAGUCCAACUUCUGGGGGACCACGCUCUUCUGGUGCUACUUUCGCAAGGUGGGUCCCGGUGCUGCGCGGAGUAGCAGCUUCGCGCAGACCUUCGAUGUGUGGUCCGAUGUGGGGUUCUGGGGCGAGCAUCGUCGCCCUUGCAAGAAUUGUGUGUGGGAUGUGCGCCCCGACGGCUUCUACCGCGCCAAGCGCGACGGUACCCCGGAGGACGGCGUCUUCCAGCUCCUCUACCGCUGGGCGCCAGCUGGCUGACCGACCGACCGACUGACAGACCCGCAUCACUCAUCUUCCCGUUUAUCUGUGCAUCCGUGAAUCUGUUCAUCUCCUUCUUUACAGGGUUGCGUUAUGGGGGAUGUGUUGAAUAAGAGAUGGGUUUUGAUUGCUUCUGAUGAUGUGGUGGUGGUGUUGUGACUCUUGUGUGGUGUGUGUUGUGUGAGAUUUUAGCUGGAAGUGCAUCUAAGUUCUUUGUGAAAAUGUUGGUGGGAAAUAUGAAAUAAAAUAAAUUUUCACAA